AUGACCUGUCAGUCGUCCGACGCCGUCGAGAGCGACGCCCCCUCGGACCCCGAACGGAGGCGCGUGGCCUCGGCCGUGAAGGAGCUGGAGAACGCAGGUUGGUACUGGGGCGCGCUGACGGCCACGGAGGCCAAAGAAGUCCUACGGGACGCGUCGGAGGGAACCUUCCUGGUGCGCGACAGCUCCCAGAGGGACUACCUGUUCACCAUCUCGGCCGUGACGUCGGCGGGCCCCACCAACCUGCGCGUCCGCUUCGACGGCGCCAAGUUUAAGUUGGACUCGGUUCUCCUGGUGAGGCCCAAACUCAAACAGUUUGACAGCGUGGUGCAUCUGGUGGAGCAUUACGUGCAGCUGUCGCGGAGCGCCGCCCGGGCCCGCUCCGCCGAGGCGCCCAACGGGACGGUCCCGCUGCUCCUCACCCGACCCGCUUACCUGGCCGUACCGCCGUUGCAGCACCUGAGCCGCGUGGCCAUCAACCGGCGAACGCGGCGCGUCCGAGACCUGCCGUUGCCCGACAGGCUCAAAGACUACCUGAGCGACUACCUCUACGACAUCUAG